CUCAUUGCUCCUGUGGACCUGUGGUCCGUAUGAAGUCAUAUUGCAUCAGUCAAGUUGUGUCAUGUUCUGCAGCUCAGGCUCCACUUUUGAUUGGCUGCGAUGUACGGAAUAUGACAAAAGAAACAAAAUCAAUUUUGAUGAAUCGUGAGGUCAUUGCAAUCAAUCAAGACAAACUCGGCAAGCAAGGGAAGAAGGUGUUCACGGAUGGCCCGCGUGAGAGAGACAAGCCACGUACACAGGCCCCUCUUGGGCUUCUCAAGCCCCUUCCGAUACUGGAAAGGCCCGGUGAGAGCCUGUCCAUGGACUUCAUGGGCACGCUGGUCACCAGCAAGAGUGGAAUGCGAUAUGUCUAUGUCAUUGUGGAUAGGUUUAGUAAGUAUGCUAGGUUAGUCACAAUGCCUGCAACAGCCAAGACAGAGUACGUAAUCAAGCUGUUCAAGGAAAACUGGGUUAGAUAUUUUGGAUUGCCAAGGUCUAUCGUGAGUGACCGAGACGUGCGAUUUACUAGUGAAUUGUGGAAGGCUGCAGCUGCAGAACAGGGGACACAGCUGCAGAUGACCUUCGGGAACCACCCAGAGGCAAACGGACGAGCAGAGCAGCUGAAUCGUGCUGUACAACACCUGUUGAGGCACUACAUUAAGCCCAACCAGGUGGACUGGGAUGAGAAACUGGCUCUCAUCGCCAGCCUGUACAACAAUGUUGUGCACAGCGCAACAGGGGUGAGUCCAAACAGCCUGCUACUGACAUUCAAGCCUAGACUGCCUCUAGAUUUCUUACUACCUGAGAGUCAGCCGACAGCUGCACCUGGUAUACUAGAAUUUGCUUAUCGAUAUGAACAGUUGAUGCAGCAAGCUGUAGAACAGAUGCACAGGACACAGGCGGCGAUGAUAGAGUCUGAGAACAAGCACCGCCGCCCAUCAACAUUCCAUGUAGGGGACAGAGUCUGGGUCCAGUCCUCAGAACUGAGACAGGAGCACGGGAUAUCCCGUAAGCUCAUGCCACAACACUUUGGACCCUGGGAGGUUCUGGAUAUUGUCGGGGAUGAUCCGGACGGGGCCCUUCGCAAGGCUCCUCGGUUCCAUGACCAGUGGACCUUCGACGUCAUGGAAACCCUAUAUGAUCUUGUUCUCAGCACUGCCUACUCCCAUCAGUUUGCCCAUGCUGGCCCCGAUUGGAUCCACAACGACCUCGUCCUCGACGCCAAGGAUGGGAAGCAAUACCGUAUUCCGUUGUUGGGCAAAUCGGAUUCUACAUCCCCCUCUCCUGUCAAUGUUGCCAUCUUGACACCAACUCAGUUCCACCACAUCCUCCGUCAGCCUGAUGCCGAACUCUACAUUGUCGACAUCACGGAUCUCCUUGUGUGUAACUCUAUGCAUCAGGACGCUGAGUUGGUCGAGCUCGACCCACCACUCCCUGAGCCCCCGGAGCCUCCUGAUCCUUCAGCCCCCUCAAUCCCCUUCACCCCUGCUACCUCAUCUCACCUUCUUGCAUCCUGUUCCAUGGAGGCGCCAUCGGUACCUAUUCCCAUACCGACUCCUUCCACCCCUACUUCAGACGCCGCUGCAGCCGAGGAGUUUGACAACCUUCUAUCGACUUUGCAGCCUAGCGUUGCGGCCCUCCUUCGCGAGUAUCGAGAUGUUUUUCCUCCGACUGUCUCUUAUAGCAGCAUUCCUCCUAUGCGCGAUAUCAAGCACCACAUCCGGCUCGAACCUAACUACCGUAUUCAACACCGCGCCCCAUAUCGCCUCUCGGUCCCCGAAGCCCAGGAACUUAAACGCCAAAUUGACGAGCUGCUUCGUCAGGGCUUCAUUAAGCCGAGUACAUCCCCAUGGAGUGCACCUGUCCUCUUCAAUCGCAAGAAGGAUGGCACUCUCCGCCUCUGCCUCGAUUACCGCGGUCUCAACGAGUAUACGGUCAGAAACAUCGAGUGUCGCGAUGGAGAGUGUCCGGUUGCUUAUCUAUCUCGACAGCUACUUCCCGCUGAGCGUAACUACACUGCCGAUGAGCGUGAGGUCCUUGCGCUGGUCUACGCUAUUAAGAAGUGGCGUCAUCAUUUGCACGAUCAUACUUUCACCGUUUUGACGGACAACUUUGUCCUCGCCGCCUUCCAGACGAAGCCUAAGCUCACUUCUCGCCAGGCUCGUUGGUGGCGUGACCUCUCGGAGUUCGACUUCACCAUCAAGAAGAUUUCUAGCGAAAGCAAUCGGGUUGCAGAUGCCUUAUCCCGCCGCCCCGACCUUCAGUGCGAGGAUCGUCAGCUAUCUGCUAUCUCAGCUCCCACCAUCCACCCCGCCUUUCUGGAUGAGUAUCGCCGCGCAUACACCCAGUGCCCUGAGUUUCAGUCCAUCUACGCUGACCUACAGGCUGGCAAGUCCGUCCCUAACUUCCAGCUUGAUCCCUCUGGACUCCUAUACUGGCUUGGUCACCAAGGUACCCGUACUCCUCGCUUAUGUGUGCCUUCUACUGGCCAGCUCCACGUUCGGACUGUCGCGGAGUGUCACGACCAGCGUGCCGCCGGUCAUCUCGGUGUCUUCAAGACACUUGACCGCCUCUACCGCCAUUACUACUGGGAGCACCGCCGUCCUUUCACUAAGGAGUACGUUCGCACCUGCAAGAUCUGCCAGGAGGCCAACAUUCCCAACCACCCCCCCUAUGGUCUUCUUCAGCCCUUACCCAUUCCUACUCAGCGUUGGACUUCUGUCUCCAUGGACUUCAUUGGUCCUCUUCGUCCCCCUACCCCACGAGGCCACGAUGCCAUCUUCGUCGUUGUCUGUCGGUUGACUAAGCAUGCUCACUUUCUCCCUUGCAAGUAUGCUAGUUCAACCAAAGACAUUGCCUCCCUAUACUUCAACCGUAUUGCCAUCCAUCACGGUCUCCCCACUAGCAUCGUCUCUGAUCGGGAUCCCCGCUUCACUUCCCAUUUCUGGCGUGGACUCCAUGAGAUCUAUGGCUCCGAGCUCCGCCUCUCCUCCUCCUAUCACCCCCAGUUAGAUGGACAGACCGAGGUCACCAACAAAACUCUUGGGAGUAUCCUCAAGAAGUUUGUUGAGAAUGACUCUGAUUGGGAUCUGCAUCUUGCUCACACAGAGAUUGCUUAUAACCAUGCUAUUUCUCCUGCUACUGGCAUGUCUCCCUAUUACUGUGACUUGGGAUACCAUCCCCGUGUCCCAUCUGACCUUCUUCGUCCAUCUCAGAUCCAUCCCGACACCAAAUGCCCUGCCCUCGAUGACUGGGUAAAGGAGAUGGAUGCGCUCCUUAGCAAGGCUCGCGAGAGCAUUGCUAACUCCCAGACUCGCAUGGCCACUCGCGCUAACCGCUCUCGCAUCGACCAUCCCUUCAAAGUUGGCGACGAGGUUCUUAUCGACGCACGUCACUUCCAGCCCGAAGCUGACACACUUCGGAAAUUCAGACGUCGAUACAUUGGACCAUGCACCAUUCUUGCACCUGCCGGACCGGAUCAUGACUGUCCAGUGAGCUUCAAAUUGAAGCUCCCCGAUUUCAUGUACCGCGCUAACUUACAUGCUGUGUUCCAUGUAUCUCUUUUGCGCCCCUUCAGACGGUCUCCCCCUGAGUUCCAUGGUCGACCUUACCCUCGCCCCUCUCCCGUCAUCAUUGAGGGUCACGAGGAGUUUGUCGUCUCUGAUAUUGCGUCCCGGCGUAUGACUGAUGGUGACCCUCCCGGCCUCGAGUAUCUCGUUCGAUGGAAGGGUUAUCCUGACGAGGAGUCUACUUGGGAGCCUCUUGAGCACCUGAAGCAUGCUAUGACUUUCGUGUGGGCUGGUCCUCUUCUCAAUGACGAGGUGGUGGUUGCGUUAUGGAAUCGAGGAUUGAAGGGUGAAAACAUAACAGCACGAUGGGCAGACGUAGGGCUGCCCCAGGGAACACCUGUCAUAGCACGGGAUGUGUGGAAGUUCCCUGUACUUCCGUGUAGAAGCGGGGGAGCAAGCGGCGUCGAUAUUGGAAGCCUGUGGGAGCAAAAUGUCCGCGAAGAUACGUUCUUUCCGUCCACCAUGGUGCAACUCGAAUGGAGUCACGCCAAUCGUCGGGUGCACCGAAGUGUUGUAGGCGAACUCUAUGCCGGGAAGGCGGUCAACCCAGUCCUUCUCAUCUGGGCGGAUGAGUGUGCAGAGCGUCAUCUGCGCAGUCUGGUGCGCAUGUUCCGUUUGCCCAUCCGUUUGAGGAUGCCGUGCGGAACUCGGUUUCAUGCUGGUGCCGGAUUCCACCAUGAGUGUCGUCGAGUGUCGCAGUCGCUGACGAUGUCUUCCGGAACGCCGUGGCUGCAAAACCAGCCGGUAUGCAAAAGUCGUGCGAGCUCGGGAGCCGUCGCAUGAUACUUGCAUGGAAGAAAUCGAGCGUACUUGCUCAAACGGUC